UUUUGUCCUCCAGGAGUUCGCUGAUCAGCACCCUGAGAAGGCAGCAGAGAUUAAACUGACCAUGGCACAGCUGAAAGUUGCUCAAGGCAGCGUCACCAAAGCAUGCAUGAUCUUGAGGACUAUAGAAGAGCUAAGGCAUAAGCCAGGCAUGGUGUCAGCACUGGUAACAAUGUAUAGCCAUGAAGAAGAUAUUGAUAGUGCCAUAGAGGUCUUGGCACAAGCUAUUGAAUGGUAUCAACAGUUUCAGCCAAAGUCUCCAGUUCAUUUGUCACUUAUCAGGGAAGCUGCAAAUUUCAAGCUAAAGCAUGGCCGAAAGAAGGAAGCCAUCAGUGACCUGGAGGAGCUGUGGAAGUAA